AUGGCCACACGAACAAUAGUCGUCGUUUCCCCGCAAGCGCGGGCUUCAUACAUCGCGCUCGCCUCCAUCGGCCGCCGUGCGUUCCACACCGGCAAUCCGCAGCGCUCCCAGUACAACCGCUCAGACUUCUCUGGCCACGGUUUCACCAGCUUCUAUGAGCCUGAUCAGCCGACCAGAGGGCCCUUGGGCGGCUCGUCCAGCUCCGGUGUCAGCCGCGUGACGCCUCGCAUGCUGAAGGAGCACCUGGAUCAGUUUGUCGUCGGCCAGGAACACGCAAAGAGGGUGCUUGCCACGGCAGUAUAUGGCCACUAUCUACGCAUACGAGAGAUACAGAGGCACGAGGAGGAGCAGGUCCGGCGCGAGGAGAGGGCUGCGCGGCAGGCGCUCGCUCACAGACACCCCGUAGAAGAUGAAUUUCCAGGGCAGCAGCCCACCAUGCGCGUGUAUCCGUCCCACGCAGACCCGCCGUCCGACCCGCCGCCGUUGGAAGACACUAGUCCUAUGCAAAUCGAGAAGUCGAACGUACUGAUGCUGGGGCCGACCGGUGUGGGCAAGACGUUGAUAGCGAAGACACUCGCUCGUAUACUGGAUGUGCCCUUCAGCAUGUCCGACUGCACGCCCUUCACGCAGUCGGGGUACAUUGGUGAGGAUGCAGAAAGCUGUGUGCAGAGGCUCCUUACGGCCGCCAACUACGACGUUGAGGCAACAGAGCACGGUAUCAUCGUGCUGGACGAGAUCGACAAAAUUGCUGGCGUGAAGAUGGCGCACGGCAAAGAUGUCGGUGGCGAAGGCGUGCAGCAGUCCUUGCUCAAGAUCAUUGAAGGCACAACUCUGCAAAUACAAGCCAAAGCCGAACGGGGCAGCAGUGGGAGAUCCCCAGGUUCAGCUGGCAGUUCGACCAACCUCCCCUCGGGCAACCCCUUGGACAGCUCACGCCCAGGAGCAGGACCAGGCCCCAUGGCUCCGGGCGGCAAAGGCGAAGUCUUCAACGUCCGCACCGAUAACAUUCUCUUCAUCUGCACCGGCGCCUUCGUUGGUCUCGAGAAGAUCAUCCUCGACCGCAAAGCCAAAGGCGGCCUGGGCUUUGGCGCCCAAGUGCGCGCUGCUAAUCGUGACCAGGGCAAGCACGACACCACGCUUAGCGACGCCGACGUGGAAACCUUCCGAAAGGACCUUCCCAUCUACGUGCCCUCUGACACAGACGCUCCCACCGCGUCCAAUGCCCGGCAGACAAAGUACCGCGAGGAGGAGUACAACGUGCUCAACUACGUGGUCCCGUCCGACCUGCAGAAGUACGGCAUGAUACCUGAGCUCAUCGGGCGCAUACCAAACACAUGCGCCGUGUCAGCGCUGGACGAAGAAGCUCUCGUGCGUGUCUUGACCGAGCCAAAGAACAGCCUCAUCCGGCAAGAAGCCGCCCUCUUCCACGCCGACGGCAUGGAACUACGCUUUACUUCGGGGUCGCUGCGAGAAAUCGCCAGGAAGGCGAAUGCCAUGGGUACCGGUGCGCGGGGACUCAAGGCCGUCGUCGAACGCCUGCUCCUCGGGACUAAGUUCGAGGCGCCUGGAACCACGGUAAAGCACAUCCUCGUGACACAGCAGGCAGCACAGCUUAAGCGCGCGCCGCUUCUCUUCCACCGCGGACAGUCGCAGGCAUUUGAGACGAUGGCCGCGCAGGAGGAAGACGAGUGGCAGGAGCAGCUGAGGGAGAAAGAAGAGCACCUCAGCAGCAUAGGCAGCUUCGAGGAGUACAGGAAGGCCGGCGCGGCGGGGUCCUAG